UUUCCUCUCCGCGUUCAAACUCCGCGCCCCUCUCAUUCCAAGAGACUUCGGUCUCGCGAGAUCUUCUCAUAAAUUUACAGAACCGGAAGCAACCUGUGGAUCUCUUCCCUUUCGCGGCCAUCACUGAAACGCCAGCGGCCAAAAUGAAGUUCAAUCCCUUCGUGACUUCUGACCGAAGCAAGAACCGUAAAAGGCAUUUCAAUGCACCUUCCCACAUUCGCAGGAAGAUUAUGUCUUCUCCUCUUUCCAAAGAGCUGAGACAGAAGUACAAUGUUCGAUCCAUGCCCAUCCGAAAGGAUGAUGAAGUUCAGGUUGUACGAGGGCACUACAAAGGGCAACAGAUUGGCAAAGUAGUCCAAGUUUACAGGAAGAAAUACGUCAUCUACAUUGAACGAGUGCAGCGGGAGAAGGCAAAUGGCACGACCGUCCAUGUGGGCAUUCACCCCAGCAAGGUGGUUAUCACCAGACUAAAACUGGACAAAGACCGCAAAAAGAUCCUCGAACGUAAAGCCAAGUCUCGCCAAGUAGGAAAGGAAAAGGGCAAAUACAAAGAAGAAACAAUUGAAAAGAUGCAGGAAUAAAGUAAUCUUGUAUACAGCUUUCAUUAAAAACUUAAAAUGAA